UCCCAAACCAGAAGUCAGACUGGGUGCAGUUGGGAGUUUUAUCCUGUCAAACACUGUUUUCAUCCUCAUCCUGCUUCUGUUUCUGCAGCCGUGAACCAAACAGAUCAGCUGGUAGAAGAAACUCCUGAUAAAUAACUCAGUCAUCUCCAUUCAGAUCAACGGUCAGAUUCAGGAAAACAUCAUGUUGGAACCUCAGGCCAAUCGGGUCAUGACGCUCGCAGAGUGGGAGGAAUACUGGAAAAAGGACGACAUUGAAUUCCAUGAAGACCAUGUGAACAAGAUGCUGGAGAACAACAUCGAUAAAGUUCUUAAUGGGCGAAAAGGAGUUCGCUUCUUCUUCCCUCUGUGUGGGAAAGCUGUAGAUAUGAAAUGGCUGGCAGACAGGGGUCACUCAGUGGUCGGAGUGGAGAUCUGUGAGAAGGCAGUCCGACAGUUCUUUGAGGAGAACAACAUGACGUACAGUGAGGAGGCUGCAGGUGGUGUACCUGGAGCAAAGGUGUUCAAGAACGCAGAGAAAAGCAUCUCCCUCUAUCAGUGCGACCUGUACAACUUCUCCAGCGCAGUCGAGGGUCAGUUUGGAGCGAUCUGGGACCGAGGAUCUCUGGUGGCCAUCAACCCAAAAGACAGAGAAAAAUACGCUGCUCUGAUGGGUUCUCUGAUGGCCAAAGACUGCAGAUACCUCGUGGACACUUUGCAGUACAAUCCUGAAAAAUAUGAAGGUCCUCCGUUUUUUGUGCCUGAUGAGCAGCUUCACACUCUGUUUGGUAAAAGCUGCAACAUCGAGCUGCUGCAGUCCACAGAUAUAAUGUCAGACAUGUGGAGGGACUUUGGGAUGGAUUACCUGAACGAACGUGUUUUCCUCAUCACCCCGAAGAGCAGCUAAAAACUGAAAAUGAAGUUUCAUGGAUGUAAAAUGUCCUUUAUUUAACUCGUGAACUUUAGAAAUGUAUCAUGUAUGAAUAAAAGGGAAUAAAAAUUAACCUGAAAA